UGGCAUGUGGAAGAGAGGAAGCGGCUGAGCAGACAAAAGGCUGCAGCGAUGAUUUCCUCAGUUUCAUGGAGAUCGGUUCAGGACAGAUACGACAGAGUGACAGUGCACUCAGUGAUUUCAUCAGCGCGGUGAGUAAACAAGUGUGUGUGCACAAUUGAACUUGUGAGUUUCAGUCUAUGAUCAAACACAGUGCAUGUAGAGGAAUGAAACUCUACACCUCUGUGUUCCUCGGUUGCAGCGCGAGCUCCACCCUGUGGUUUCUCUUUUACCUCAGGGGAGGGGAGGGGAGGGCAGUGAUUGUGCACGGGGGUGUGUAUCACUGUUUGCUGGCCUGUCUGCCUGGUUGCAUGUGAGUGCUGAGGGGGCGGAUAACAUUUAGACUGAAACUAUAAGGCCUUGGACUGACGUUCACAUCGUCUAGGUGUGGCUUUCCAGGCUCUUCAGUGUGAUCCAGGAACUGAAGCGGCUCAGCCAGUUAUUUCCAGAGGGCAUUCAAGAGUGGAAGUGAAGCCUGGGAGCUUCACUGGAGACAUGGCAGAUACAGCAGCUGUAGAAGCAGCUCCCACCUCCAAACAGCAACAGUGUGCUGGCUGCUCAGGUGUGCUGAGUGGAGACAAGCCGGCGGCCUGUGGUCACUCAUUCUGUGGCUCCUGCCUUUGGGACAAAGUGUGUCCCAAGUGUCUGCAGUGUCCUGACAAGCCUGAACCUGAUGCUCUGAAACACAACGGAACAAAAGCUGAAGCUCCGGUGAUUAACAGCAAAGAGGAGCAGAAUCAGGACUCUAAGAUCGCAGAGGAGAUCAAGAUCCAAGAGGAUCUGAAGGAGUCAGAGGACCCCAAGAAGCCGGAGGAUGAAGAGGAGGAGAAAGAAGCAGAGUCAGAAACUGGAGAAAAAGAGGAGGCAAAAGAAGAAGAGGUGAAAGAGGAACCUUUGGGCCCCGACGAUGUGGUGUGCGACUCCUGUAUCGAGAGCCCCUGCAGGGCCCUCAAGUCCUGCCUCACCUGCCUGGUGUCGUACUGCGAGGCCCACCUCCGGCCUCACCUGGAGAACCCGAAGUUUCAGAACCACCGGCUGGUGGAGCCGCUCAGGGACAUCGAGAGGAGGACCUGCGAGAGCCACAAGUGGCCCCUGGAGAUCUUCUGCUGCGCCGAUGCCUGCUGCAUCUGUCAGGACUGCGUGGCGGAGGAGCACACGGGCCACAACACCGUCCCUGUGGUGGAGGCUCGGCGGCAGAUAGAGAAGGAACUGAGGGAGAAGCAGACUGAGAUGGUGAAGACGGUGACAGCAGCAGAGAACGCUAUCAACAAACUACAAUUAAACACAGUCACCAUAGAGGAUGUAAAGAGAUCUCAGUCCAUAUGUGAUGAGAAAUUAAAAAACUCUACCCUGCAGCAAUCGGUGACUGACGUACGGGCGGUGAUCAACAGCCAGUUUGAGGAGCUGCAGGCGGUGAUGGAGAGGGCCAAGAGGGAGGUCACGGAGAUCCUGGAGGGCGAGGAGAAGCAGGCGCUGAGGCAAGCCGAGGGCAUCCGGGUCCACCUGGAGCAGAGGUGCACGGAGCUGAAGAAGACUCAGGCACAGAUGGAGAAGCUCUCCAGGAACAAGAAUGAUGUGGAUUUCUUACAGGAGUAUUCAGAGUGGAAGAAAGAAGCCACUGAUAUCUCCCUGCCUGGGGUCUACAUCGGCCUGAUGGAUCGCCUGAACUCCCUCGGUCGUGUGAUCGUUGACUCCACACAGGAGCUCUGCGCCAUGCUUGUGUCUUCAUACAUAGAGAAAGUCAAAGAGACGUGCAAGAACGACAAAAUGGGAAUAAAGACAACAGUUCAUGAGAUUGUUGCAGCGAAACAGAACAUGUCGAUACCAGAUCCAGUAACACAUGCUGACUUCCUCAAGUAUGCCGCCAACAUGAGUUUUGAUGAUGUUACAGCUCAUAAGUUCCUGCGUCUAACGGAAGAAAACAGGAAGGUGACUAACACGACUCCAUGGCAGCAUCCUUACCCUGAUGUACCUGAGCGGUUUGAGAACUGGCGCCAAGUUCUUGCCACAGAGAGCUUCUAUCUGGGCCGGAACUACUUUGAAGUAGACAUCAGUGGCGAGGGCACGCACAUUGGUGUGACCUACAAGAGCAUUGACCGCAAAGGCAACGAGAGCAACAGCUGCAUCACGGGAAAUGACUUCUCCUGGUGUCUUCAGUGGAACGGACGCACAUUCUCCGCCUGGCACAGUGGUGUGGAAACCCCCCUCAAUGUGGAGAAGUUCACCCGUAUCGGGGUGUAUGUGGACUACAUGCGAGGCCUCCUGGCUUUCUACGGCGUGGAAGACUCCAUGACGCCCAUCCACGAGUACAAGGCAGAGUUCCUGGAGCCUCUUUACCCGGCUUUUUGGUUGCCCAAGAAGGAGAAUAUCGUCGCCUUGGUGGCACCUGGAGAACCAUUACGGCUCAAAAGCCCCUCUCCUCCCACCUCACCUGCAAACGGAGCUGUGACUUCAUGAACAGCAGCUGUACUGUUUCCUAAAAUAGACUUAUUAUCUGGAAUAUAUAGGAGGGAAAACAUGAAAACAAGAAAAGUCUUACCAUGUUAACUUUGUUUACACUAGAUUACUUUUGUUGCAAAACUAAUAUGAUAAACUGUUUUUGUUUUUUUUGUUUUUUUUUUAUCUCAUUUGGGCUCAAGUCAUAUUUAUACACCUGUUUAUAUUUGGGACUUCUGUUACUGUACCUUUCAUCACACUGUGAAUUCAGAAAUGUCCUAUAUUGUCUGUAUGCAAAUAAAACUUUGUAUUUUCAUUUGCAAAAAGAAAGAAAAGAAAAAAUCCUUUUGUUCAGUUUUAUAAUGGAUUUCCUUAGAGAUUGUCCAGUGGAUAAAUGGAAAACCUGCCACUCAGACCACAGAUGUUGGGUGGAUAACCUGGGAUGUUGUUUUGGCUUCAACAUCAGAAAUAAUCAAAUAUAGUUUUCCAAAGUCUAUCACUGAAAUGCUGCUAUGAUAUUCAAGAUGUUGCAUUCACAGCUCAACAGGACCUCAGACAUGUUCAAAUCAAAAUUACUUCAGUUUCAAGGUACUUCAGAUUCUUAUCCAUCACAUAUUACCAUCAGGGAGGCAUCUGAUUGGUCUCAGAUUCACUCUACAGCAGGAUAAUGAGCCCAAACAUACCGCCAAAGAACUAUCUUCAGAGACAAGAAGAAGAUAGAGUCCUGCAACAGAUGGUCUGACCCCAUUGAGUCUGGGAUCAUAUGAAGAGACAGAAGAACUGUGCUGGAACAACCUACCUGCAAAGUAUAUGGCACUUGAAUUGGUUCUGUUUUUAAAGUGUUCAUUUGAUUUAGCCGUUUCUCUGUUUACUGCACUUUGUAUGGGGUUAGUUAAUAAAUAAAAACUAUUUGUGGCUUU